AUGGCGCCGACAGGAGAUUUAAAAGGCACCAACUACGAAGGCCAGGAGGAGGUUUCAAAUCAAGCGCAGUCUUCUUGUGAUCUACAGCAACCUCAGCCUGACAAUUUUCAUACGGCUCCGCCUGAUAAUACAUACAUAUUAUCUGGACAGACAAGUUUGAGCGAACCUCCAUCAUAUAGCGUGCGAGAGAGCAUACUUCCUCUCAACAUUGUUAUACAGGUUGUCGGGUCACGGGGCGAUGUUCAGCCAUUUGUGGCACUGGGUAGGGCGCUCCAACUAUUUGGUCAUCGCGUGAGGAUCGCGACACAUGCCCAGUUUCAGGAAUUCGUUAGGUCCUCUUCUCUCGAGUUCUUUGAUAUUGGUGGAGACCCGGCUGAUUUGAUGGCAUUCAUGGUCGAAACGCCAUCGAUGAUACCCACUUUGAAACAAUUGCGAGCCGGAAUUGUUCAAAGGAAGAGAGCCAUGUAUAAGGAAAUGCUGAGCGGGUUCUGGAAAUCGUGUAUCGACGCCGACAGUCAGAGCAAUAUUCCGUUUGUCGCCGACGCUAUUAUUGCGAAUCCUCCCAGUUUUGCCCAUGUCCAUUGUGCACAAGCGCUUGGAAUACCGCUACAUCUCAUGUUUACGAUGCCAUGGACAAGCACGAAGGAAUUUGCCCAUCCGCUUGCGAACAUUACUGCAGCCGAUCUAGAUUCGAGAAAGGCAAACUACGCAUCAUAUGCUGCCAUUGAGCUACUUACAUGGCAAGGGCUUGGGGAUUUGGUAAAUGAUUGGAGAGUUUCUUCGCUGGGGCUAGAGCCUGUCCCUGGCAUGGAAGGUCACCGGCUUGCAGAAGCACUUGAGAUCCCGUUUACAUAUUGCUGGUCACCUUCACUAGUUCCGAAGCCUAGCGAUUGGGGCUCUCAUAUAAACGUUGGCGGUUUCUUCUUUAGAGAUGAAACUACCUACUCCCCUCCUUUGGAGUUGGAGACAUUCUUGAACAAUGGGCCUCCGCCGAUAUAUGUUGGGUUCGGCAGCAUCGUGGCGAGCGGGAGCGAGGGCCUUUUGACCACAGUACUCAACGCAGCAAGAGCUGUCGGGACGAGAGUUGUCAUUUCGCAAGGGUGGAGUAAUCUAGGGGGCGAGAAUGCUCCCGAUGUAUUCUUCAUUGGCGAUUGCCCUCAUGAGUGGCUAUUUCCACGAGUGGCAGCUGUUGUUCACCAUGGAGGUGCAGGAACAACGGCAUGUGGGUUGCGAUAUGGAAAGCCUACCACAAUCAUUCCAUUUUUCGGAGAUCAACCGUUCUGGGGCAACGUGGUCGCAAAGGCUGGAGCUGGGCCAGAGCCCAUUCCAUACCGAUUCUUAACGUCACAAAACCUAAAGCAGGCACUGGAGUAUUGUCUUACAUCGGGGGCGGUGGAAGCUGCUCGACGCAUUGCCGACUCUAUUAUUCACGAAGAUGGGGUGACCGCUGCAGUACAAGCAUUUCAUACAAACCUACCAUUGGCCAAGAUGAGAUGUGAUUUUCGUCCAAAAUUAACAGCAUCACUAUGUUAUAGGAAGGGCAAAAGAGAAGUCAAGAUGUGUAAGCAAGCAGCGGCAGUACUAGCCAAAGAACAAUGCCUGCCGGUCAAACAUCUGGAUCUGUAUCGGACCGCCCCUAUCACAAUAGACAGCCUACGAUGGGAUCCGAUCACAGCACUCUCGGCGGCAUCCUUGUCUACAAUAUUCAGGAUUGUCGGUGACACUGCUGAUAUUGUAAUCAGGCCAUUCAAAAUCCAUAAGAGCAAAACAGAAGAAGUUACAGAAGAGUUAGCCCCAAAGAGGCACAGCAUAGCGCCAUCCUUUGCGAUGUUACCCCUACCAGAAUUUCCCGAAUCAGAACAACUGGCAGAGGCGAUCGCGAGAGUUCCGAAUACCAACCUUCCACUGGGCUCUCAACGCCAAGCGGCAUCGGCUGUUCUGAGUGAUUUCGGCAAACUCGCUGGCAAUGCGACAAAGGGGAUAUUGAUCGACAUUCCACUCGCUCUUACCGAAGGUCUUCGCGCCGUACCUCGGCUUUAUGGCACCCCUGUGAGGAAACAUGACCCGGUGGACAAUUUUCAGUCGGGUCUAGUAGUGGCUGGGAAAACUUUCUGUGAAGGGAUGGCUGGUGGUGUUAGUGAUAUUUUCGUCCACACUUACCAUGGAAAGAAGGUUGAAGGUGCGGCUGGUGCCACCAAAGGCCUAGGAAAGGGGGUAGCAAGCUUUGUUACAAAGACGACUUCUGCCACCCUCGGUUUGUUUUCUUAUCCCGCCCAGGGUUUGUAUCGUUCAGCUUGGGCGGCCACUCAUGUGGAACCUCGGAAGAUGAUGAUUAUGGCCAAGUUGACGGAGGGGGACUGGCUGGUAUCAGAGGAGCCGCAGUGGAGCACUGAUCGUGACGCUAUCCUUCAGGAUUUCAAUGGUUUGAGGGGACAACGAACACCUUGA